AUGUCUGGAAGUGAACAGAGUUUACUUUUCGUUACAGCUACUCUAUCACCAGCAGGCUGCCAAGACCUCUAUGUCGCCAGCAGGGAUGGGCAAAUGACGGAUGUAAAACGGAUCCUGUCCACAGGCAAGAUCAGCAUCAACUGUAGAUUUGGAAGGUACAGCAAGACGCCGGUGAUGUGGGCAGCAUACGGAGGACACAAAGAAGUGUUGGAGCUCCUUGUGAAAAAAGGCGCGGAUGUAUCAAUGGUGGGCUCUGGGGGUAGCAACCUCCUUUUCUGGGCCUGUCAAGGAGGACACAUGGAGACGGUGAAGUUUAUCCUGCCUCUGAACGUGGUGGACAUUAACGCAAGGACCAAGGGCGGGUGGAGAGCGGUCGGCUGGGCGAGACGUCAGGGACAUCAGCGUAACUUAUCCUCCUCCUCGUCCCGUAAUCUGAGCGGAUUGUUUUUGACUGGAGAUCCGGCAUUGACGUUUGAAAAGGAUGCUCCACUUGAGAAGCACGCCCCACUUGAUGAGUUCUGCCAAAAGAGCCUAAUCAACAUGGAGAAGCUGCUGGCUCUGCAGAAGAGACACUAG